CAGUGACAUUGUCAAGCCUCAUGAAUAAUUAUCUUUUCGAAAGACGGAGAUAGUCCAGCAAAGAUGAAGUUGUGAUGAAUCGGAAUUUUGUGUUUAACCAUCAGGAUAGGCCGAGUGCAUGGUCGAGGACUGCAAGCACCCUGAACAGGUGGCUGUGGGGCGCGCUGUGCUGCGGGGUGCCGGGCGUGCCGUGCUACUUCUGCACCUGCUGCGAGAGGCUCGAGGAUGGAGGCCCCGAGAGAGAGAGGCCUAGAGUUAACCAGUCUACAGCGACAGCCGACCGCAUGGUGCGGCCACACCGUCCACACGCGCCGCGCGGGCGCAAGCACACACCAGAGACACUGUCAGCCGUCCGCUGUGCGCUGACGCAGCUCCAGGGCGAGCCUGGGGUACCGUCCCCUACAGUCCCACCAGAAUAUUCCCGACAUUCUCCCGAACCAGGUUGAAAAGAUACAGAAACAUGUACAAGACAAUGACUGUGAAUAUUCAUUAUUUUGAUAGGACUUUUCGGCUUAGGGCUACU